AGAGGCGUGCCCGCGGCUCGAAGGCCCCGUCGGGGCGAGCGGCGAUUGGCCGUUCCGCUUUGAGUCGUCCGUGCCGUUGCCUGCGAAGGGGAGUAGAGGGGGCGGCACGGCGGGCGGCGGCGCUGUGCGAGCCGGGACGGCGGAGUGGACGCGCCGGAGCCGCCGUCGAGGCGAGAGGAGGAGCAGGAGGAAGAGAAGGAGGAGGAGGGCGGCGGCGGCGGCGGCGGGGCGCUGCCCGCGAGCUGCGCGGCGCCGAUGCGGGGCUGAGGAGCGGAGAGCCCCCGCGGCAUGGGCGCCUGACGCCCGGUGCCGUCCCGCCGCCGAGGGACGAUGGCGCGGCCCCGCGGCGGGCGGUGGCUGCUGGGGGUGCUGCUCGCCCUGUGCCGCCUGGCCGCGCCGCUUGCCAAGAGCCUGGAACCCGUCUCUUGGAGCGCCGGCAACCCCAAAUUCAUGAGUGGGAAAGGGUUGGUCAUCUACCCAGAGAUCGGGGACAAACUGGACAUUAUCUGCCCCAAGGCGGAGCCGUCCAAGCCUUACGAAUACUACAAGCUGUACCUGGUGAAAAAGGACCAGGCAGAUGCCUGCAGCACCGUCAUGGACCCCAACGUUCUGGUGACGUGCAACCGGCCCGAGCAGGAGAUCCGCUUCACCAUCAAGUUUCAGGAGUUCAGCCCCAACUACAUGGGCCUGGAGUUCAAGCGGCAGCAGGAUUACUUCAUCACAUCCACCUCUAACGGGACACUGGAUGGCCUGGAGAACCGGGAAGGAGGGGUCUGCCAGACGCGCUCCAUGAAGAUCGUCAUGAAAGUGGGGCAGGAUCCAAACGCGGUGAUCCCGGAGCAGCUGACGACGAGUCGGCCCAGCAAGGAGGCAGACAACACCGUGAAAAUUGUGACACAGAGCCCGCGCCACAAGGUCCCCACGGUGGAGGAGCCCGGCAAGCCAGGCUCCGUCAACCAGAACGGCCAGGAGACCCAAGGUCCCAGCGACGGGUUCUUGAGCUCCAAGGUUGCCGUUUUCGCUGCCAUCGGCGCGGGCUGCGUCAUCUUCAUCCUCAUCAUCAUCUUCCUCGUCGUCCUCCUGAUCAAGAUCCGCAAGCGGCACCGGAAGCACACGCAGCAGCGGGCCGCAGCCUUGUCCCUCAGCACCUUGGCCAGCCCCAAAUGCAGCGGGAACGCCGGCUCAGAGCCCAGCGACAUCAUCAUCCCCUUACGGACUACAGAGAACAACUACUGCCCGCACUACGAGAAGGUGAGCGGGGACUACGGGCACCCCGUCUACAUCGUGCAGGAGAUGCCCCCGCAGAGCCCAGCCAACAUUUACUACAAGGUGUGAGGAGCAGCCUGGGCACGCCACGCAGGAGCGCCCGGUGGGGCCGGCAGCGGGAGGCGGCGUCCCGGCCCUGGCACGGCACGGCGCGGGAGCACAGAGGUCUGGCGCUCGGCAGCGCCGCGCUCGCCCGUGCGCUGCCUCUCCCCCUUUGUAUUUAGUUUUGUAGUUCUCAGCUUUUGUAAUCCCAAGACUUCGAGGGUGAGCUGCCAGCAUCCUCCUCUCCUGCUCCGGACUGCGGCUGCAGCGUGCACCCUGCCUUCCCGCGCCCGCCUGCACGCCGCUGGCACCCGCGGACUCCCACCUCCCCUUCUGCACUUUGGGAUUUCCCCUCGUCGCCUCCACGCCAAGUGCCCGUGCAGGGGCCCGGGAGCUGGGACGGACGCCGAGAGGAGCAGCGAGGAGCCCUGGGAGGAGGAGGAUGCUUCGCCCAGGUGCCGAGAUGCAGAGAACUGUGCAGGGAGGAAGCUGGCAAACCCGAUUUACUACUACUACUAUUAUUAUUAUUAUAAUUAUUUUAAUUUUUUGUAACAUUUUUAUUUUUGUGAAUCGUGGCGGGACCCCCGCCCUGGGCACAUGCCGCCGCCUCCUUCCAGCACCCCGUCCUGCUGGCGCAGGCAGAUCCACCGCUGCCGUUUUAAACUUUUGUGUUCGUAGCUGUUGACUCUUGUUUUAGUCUCUUUAUAAAAAGAAAGAAAGAAAAAAAAAAAAUCACAUAAAUGAUGUCUCAA